AUGGGGUUCCUUGCUUUUUGGAGCGUUUCCCCAGUCGGAUCGGCGGCAGAGCAGGUCACGUGGACGGGGCUCCUUGUUGCUGGAACUAAAUACCGUGGAGAGUUUGAAGUGCAGCAGAAGUGCACUGGUGCCACAACACUGGAUGGGUAUAGGAAGCAUAUAGAGAAAGAUCCUGCCUUGGAAAGAAGGUUUCAACCAGUUAAGGUUCCAGAGCCUACUGUGGAUGAAACAAUACAGAUCUUAAGAGGACUUCAUGAGAGAUAUGAACUUCAUCACAAACUGAGAUACACAGAUGAUGCUUUAAUUGCUGCUGCACAACUGUCUUAUCAGUAUAUCAGCGAUCGUUUUCUGCCUGACAAAGCCAUUGACUUGAUUGAUGAAGCUGGAUCUCGUGUUAGGCUGAGGCAUGCGCAGCUCCCUGAUGAAGCCAAAGAGCUGGACAAAGAGCUGCGGCAGAUAAGCAAGCAGAAAAAUAAGGCUGUACGUGGCCAAGAUUUUGAGAAGGUAUACUAUUGUUUGGCACACCGCCGAUCCGCUCCCACCUCUCUAGCUACGUCGAUCUGGUUAAUACCAAGCAUUAUGUUGUUUCCUUUUGAGAUAAAUAUUUUGUUACUGAUUUUACCUUUUGUCUCCUCUUCUUGUUUUUUGCUCUAGAAUCUGUAGCAAAUGGCUAACGAUGAGGACAUCCAUCACUUGUUUAUGACAAUAGAACUGAUAUGUUCAAGAUUCCGUAGCAACGCACGGGCACCCAACUAGUUCUCCACAUAUGGGAAUAACAGGGCGACCAUAAUUCAUGACGAGUCGUCAAUGUCCACUGCCUCAGCUAAAAGAAGUUUAUCAAAGAUGAACUUAUUGAAAAACUAUUAAAAUCAACUAUGUGGCAUGAAAGAUUAAAUUGUAUAGCUACAUGUUAUAUGGACAAGGGUAUAUUGAAAAAUGUGGAUCUAAACAUUGUCCUCACAUAUUUUGCUUCAAUAAAUAUUCGAGUGAGUUAUUUAUUUUGA